CAUGGCUCGUACUAAGCAGACCGCUCGCAAGUCCACCGGCGGCAAGGCGCCCCGCAAGCAGCUGGCCACCAAGGCCGCUCGCAAGAGCGCUCCGGCCACCGGCGGCGUGAAGAAGCCCCACCGCUACCGGCCCGGCACCGUGGCGCUGCGCGAGAUCCGGCGCUACCAGAAGUCGACGGAGCUGCUGAUCCGCAAACUGCCGUUCCAGCGGCUGGUGCGCGAGAUCGCGCAGGACUUCAAGACCGACCUGCGCUUCCAGAGUUCCGCUGUGAUGGCGCUGCAGGAGGCGAGUGAAGCCUACUUGGUGGGUCUCUUUGAGGACACUAACUUGUGUGCCAUCCACGCCAAGCGUGUGACCAUCAUGCCGAAGGACAUCCAACUAGCGCGCCGCAUUCGCGGAGAGAGGCAGCACGGCCUGGAUGUUGGGCAGGACGCCGCCCUGGGCAAUGGUGACUUUGCCCAGCAGUUUGUUGAGCUCCUCGUCGUUGCGGAUGGCCAGCUGCAGGUGUCGCGGGAUGAUGCGCGUCUUCUUGUUGUCGCGGGCCGCGUUGCCAGCCAGCUCGAGGAUCUCGGCCGUCAGGUACUCCAGCACGGCCGCCAGGUACACCGGGGCGCCGGCGCCGACGCGCUCGGCAUAGUUGCCCUUGCGGAGCAGCCGGUGAACUCGGCCGACGGGGAACUGGAGACCGGCUCGGGAAGAGCGGGUCUUGGCCUUAGCGCGAGCUUUGCCUCCCUGUUUGCCACGUCCGGACAUAGCGAAGUCUCAACUGUCGUUUCCAGUCAGUACGGAGCAGGAGAGCGAAAACGCACCUUUAUAGUCCGCGCUGGGUGCGAAAAGGCCCCCUUGCGAUUGAUAAAGAGGGGCCUCGGGGAGCGUUUGUUCCGUAGUUCUCAGCCAUCUCUCGCCAUGCCUGAGCCAGCGAAGUCCGCUCCCGCGCCCAAGAAGGGGUCGAAGAAGGCGGUGACCAAGGCGCAGAAGAAGGACGGCAAGAAGCGCAAGCGUAGCCGCAAGGAGAGCUACUCGGUGUACGUGUACAAGGUGCUGAAGCAGGUCCACCCGGACACCGGCAUCUCGUCCAAGGCCAUGGGCAUCAUGAACUCGUUCGUGAACGACAUCUUCGAGCGCAUCGCGGGCGAGGCUUCUCGCCUGGCGCACUACAACAAGCGCUCGACCAUCACGUCUCGGGAGAUCCAGACGGCCGUGCGCCUGCUGCUGCCUGGGGAGCUGGCCAAGCACGCCGUGUCCGAGGGCACCAAGGCCGUCACCAAGUACACCAGCUCCAAUAUUACUGCUUUGUCCAAAGAGGCCUCCUCGUUCAGAGGCAACAUGUCUGGCCGCGGCAAGGGUGGCAAAGGCCUGGGCAAAGGCGGUGCCAAGCGUCACCGCAAGGUGCUGCGCGAUAACAUCCAGGGUAUCACCAAGCCCGCCAUUCGGCGCCUGGCUCGCCGUGGCGGAGUCAAGCGCAUCUCCGGCCUGAUCUACGAGGAGACUCGCGGGGUUCUGAAGGUGUUUCUGGAGAACGUGAUCCGCGACGCUGUCACCUACACGGAGCACGCCAAGCGCAAGACCGUCACCGCCAUGGACGUGGUCUACGCGCUCAAGCGCCAGGGCCGCACCCUCUACGGCUUCGGCGGCUAAACAACCGCAGGCUCUUGUCUGGUUGUUCUGCUCAUCCACAAAGGCCCUUUUCAGGGCCGCCA